UUCUCCUCCUCCUCCUGCUCCAUUCAUUGGCCCCGCCACACAGGGCCUGCUGGACAUUGCAUUCGCUCUGGCCCCACUGCUUAGCUGCUGCCUCGUGGGCUGCCAGGGGGCUUUGUCUGAUGAGGCUGGGCUAGGGCAGAAUGGGGAUUCUGGCAGUGCUGCUAGGGGUGCUUGGCUUUCUGGGGAUGACUCCAGGGGGCUCCCAUGCCCUCCACUGGGGCAGCACUUCCUGCCACUUGGCCAGGUCCACCCCUGGCAGCCCUCUUGGGUCCCUGAGCUUCCUGGGCAAGGAUGUUCAGGGACUGGCACUGUUCCACGCCCGCUGGGAUAGGCAAAGGAGGCUGCAGGUAUGUAGCCGACAGGAUGAGCCGGAGCUCAUAGCAGCCUUCCGAGCCCUCUGUGUUCAUGAGAACAGCCAGGGCUCCUUCAUCCACACCCCUGGAUCUGAGCUGCAGAGAACACUGGCCAUGCUUCAGAGUCAGUGGGAGGCCUGUCGAGAACCUGAGGAAGGUCCAGCAGGGGCCAGGGAGAAGAGAGCGGCAGGGCGGAGUGAAGCACCUGGCAGAGUGCACCUGCGAACAAAGAGAGGCUGGACCAUGCCUGGCACACUGUGGUGCGGAGUUGGAGACUCUGCUGGGAAUUCCUCGGAGUUAGGGAUCUUCCAGGGCCCUGAUCUCUGCUGCCGGGAACAUGACCGAUGCCCACAGAACAUCUCGCCCUUGCAGUAUAACUAUGGCAUCCGAAACUUCCGAUUUCACACCAUCUCCCACUGUGACUGUGAUACCAGGUUCCAGCAAUGCCUGAGGAACCAGCAUGACUCCAUCUCGGACAUUGUGGGUGUAGCCUUCUUCAAUGUGCUGGAGAUCCCCUGCUUUGUGCUGAAGGAGAAGGAGGCGUGUGUGGCGUGGUACUGGUGGGGAGGGUGUAGGAUGUAUGGCUCAGUGCUCCUCGCCCACCUCCAGGCCACUACCUACUACAAUGCCUCCUGGAGCUCUCCCACCACCUCCCUGACUCCCAGUCCCCUGGCCUCCACCAAACUGCAACAAAAGCAGCACCCUCUGAAGAGGCAGCCGCAGCUAAAAAAGUCCAGGCACCCCAGUCCAGUCAACACCACAGCCUUCCAGGCCACCUCCUCCAGGACUGACGUAGCCCCAACAGCCCAGACAUGGGUCCCCAAUCCAGUUCUCCAGCACCUAAAACCUCAGGGUGCCCACCGGGCCUGCCGUGGCUUCCGCCGCCUGGACCAGUGUGAGAACCAAAUUAGGCCCCAGGAAACCAAGUUCCAGCUGCUAAACAGUGCCCGUGGGCCACUCUUCCACUGCAACUGCACUCGACGUCUGGCACGCUUCCUGAGGCUCCAUAGCCCACCUGCAGGUGCCAACAUACUUUGGGAGUUGCUGGGCACCACCUGCUUCAAACUGGUCUCUCCCCUGGACUGUGCUGAGGACACAGGCUGUUCCAGAGACCCAAGGGCCAUCAAGGUGUCAGUGCGACACUUGCGGCGACUUCAGAAGAGACGAUUCCAACUCCUGGAUAAAGGCACAGAGGAAAGGCAGGCAUGGCCUUUGGAGCCCCCAGGGACUCCUGUGUCGUUCUACAACCAGUGCCUGCAGCUAACCCAGGCAGGCUGGAGACUCAGUGGGCAGCAGAAAUUCUGGAGCUAGUGACCUCGGUUCCAGUUCUCUUGGGUACCAGCUUGGACCUUGUCCCUGUCUUGGCCAAGUGCUAGGAAUCUUGGCCUCCUCUCCAUGGGUUUGACAGCAGCAUGGCAGAGGCUCUUAUGGAAAGUCAAGAAGCUAGAGGUGGGGGACCUUAAGGCUCAAAUACUGGACCAUGUCUCCUGCAGUGCUGGGUGACCUUGAGCAGGUGACACAACCCUUCUGUGCCACAGAUAUGGUAUUCAGGAGGCUCACUCUGAUGCCCUGGGCUUGGGUCUUGCCAGGAAACUUCACAUACAGAUGGAAAUAGGGAGAGAGUAACUUACUACAGCAGCCCCAAGAGGUCCCAGGAGGAGGUACAUGCAUGUUUAUAUUACAAAAUUAAUACAUGUCUAGGAAAGCCUGUCUAGGAAAGCCCUAGCACCUGGUCAUGAAGCCCUGGUGCAGCUCGUAGGAAACAAGGAAUGUCACAGAAGUAUCUGUAUCUGAAACCAGGGUGGGGGCACUGGAGAGGGUUUCCCAACUCCUCUCCUACUAGGGGGCCCCUUCUUUUAAUAGCUGAUAUGACCUUCCUAGCCCAGGCCUGGGCCAUUUCUUUCUGCCCUAAACCUAUAUUCAAAUCUCUUCCAUGCCCUUGGACAAAGGACCUUCUUCCCUUAUUCUGAGCCUUGAUUUCCUCCUCUGAAAAAAGGGGUUGUAUACAUGAGCUACCUCAUAGUCUUGUUGAGGACCAAGUGAACUAAUAUAUACAUACAUAUAGCACUUAGCACCUAGUAAAUAUUCUUUCUCUCUAACACACAGCCAAACUGCUUUGGUGUAAGAUCCUGAGAGACUGAUGUAACCUCUUGGAGACCCAAUUUGCUCAUUUGUGAAUGAGUCUAAAAAUGGCACUGAACCCAUUUGGUUGUGAUACAGAUUAAAGGAGAUGGCAUGUAUCCCCAUAUAUGGCUGGUACCUGGUAAAUGUCAAUUCUGUCAUUCCCUCACCUCUUUAUUCUCUGCUUCUGACUAACUACCCCCAUCCCCAGACUGCUAAGAAGUUCGGAAACAGCCAGGAGUGAAGCUGGAGAAUUUAAUUCCUAAUGGAUGACCUCCAGGAUUGGGAUUUCUGCCAGUGCUCCCCCACCAUCCCAGAUGGGGGUCCAGGCGGGGCUUUGCUGAUUAUCACAGUUGAAGUGCCAGGACUGAGUUUGGGGGGACCCUAGUUGGCCACCCCUGGCCAGGACAGAGUGGCAGGUACAGAUAUAGCUGGAGCAGCAGCAGAAGAGAGGCAGGCAGGUUUGUGGAAGAUUGAAGCAGAGUGGGGCCACCUGGGCCCAUCUGCCCACCACAUCCUCAGGGCCCAAGGCCCCCUUCCUCUAGUCCCUGCCGGCCCUGGGGACUGGGAGAUAGGCUGUCAGGGUCAGAGGUCUCCUGAUCAGGUCCCCAAGAGCCACCACCACCACCAGGGUCUACAGUCUCCAGGCGCAAGGCUGGCAGCAGGCCCAGGCUUUGAGGCACAGCUGGUGGGAAGGCCCAGGGGCCAGGAAGCCUGGAAGGCCCCUCCUCACUACUUUCCCAGCUGCUGCUACUAUUGCCCCUAUCAGGGGCCACCAGGGGCAGCCGGCGGCUCUGGGGUGAUGGGCUACGGCUGGCACCACGGCGUUCACGGGAUGAGGGCCGGAGGGCAAGACCGGGGAAACGGGCCAGGCCUGGACUGCGGCUGCGGUGUCGCUUGGAUUUUCCAGGACUGGGGCUGCGGGACUUGGGUGCAAGCAGCUCCAGAGUGCUGUCAUCCUCACCCUCUGAGCUGGUGCUUGAACUGUCUGUGCUGCUGCUGGCUGACUCCGAGGUAGGCAGCGAGAUCUGGAGGGAACGCUGGUUACUGGAGCACCCGACUCCCCAAACUGCCCACGGCAGCCCCUUGAAACCACUCCAAUCCUCCCAUUGGCAGAUCUAGGGAGCUGGGCUACUGGUCUGAGGUCAUGGAGCAGAAUGUGGAGGCUGUGGCAUUUGAACAGGGUCUUUUGGCAUCCCUUGACCCUACGAUCUGGCCUUACUUACCUGGAAGGGUUCAGUGACGCCAAUGAGGAUGCUGUGGUUGUGGCUAUAAUAGCCCAGGAUGAAGUCUCCAUGGCCUUUUGGCAGCGAUUCCUCACUGAAUGUCACCUGGUGGGCCCAGGGGUAUAAGCCCAAGUUGGGAUCAAGGGGGCUGCCUCAAGUUGAGUCUUGAGGUCUCCAGAGCAAUGGGGACUUCUCCCUACUCUCCCUCUCCUUUUAAGUACCUGGUAGAUACUCCCAUCCACGUCUUCAUGUUUGGCCCAGACAUAAGCCACAUAGUCCUUGCAGUGGCGGAACCCCACCUGGGACAAGAAGAAUCAAGACUGUGACCUCUAAUACCCAAUCCCAGCAGACUCUGGGAAUAGCACCAAACUCUGGACAUAUCAGGGACCCUCAGUUGUUCCACCAGGGCCCUUCCUCCCCUAAUACACCAACCACCCUUGCCCUACUUACCCGGUACAAGCCUAUCCAGUCCCAGGAGCUGCGGGCGAACACUGUUUCCAUGCGAUACUUUACUACAGCUUGCUCAGGCCGCACCCACUCAUCUGCUACCUCCAGACGCACCAGUGGUAUGUCAUCCCUGAAGGCAAACUGCCCAGGCAAGGCAGGGAUAGGGAGCAACAUCAAGGGAAGCCCUCUAGCAUUCCAUACGCUCAGGAGUCAGCACAAAUCAGCAGAGACAAAGGCAUAUGAGGCCAUUUCAUAGACUGGGAACUGAAGUGGAACAGGUCUAGGAUAAACAUCAAGCUUUUUCUUCCUCCUAGCCCAGGAUUCCUUCUACCCAUUGCUGCCUCAGAGAGUGAGUGGAACAUAGCUUUGAGGCUAGCAGACUUGAGGUUUGAUCCUGGUUCUGCAAUUGGCACUUUAUGCAAUGAACAGGUUCUUCAGCCUCUCUGAAUGCCAGGACCCUUGUCUAUAAACUAGAGGCUCUUAUUUAACACUUGGGGGUUGGUUCUACAGAUUCAUUGAAAUACCAUUUGUAAAACAUCCUAUAAACUUUCCAGUAUAACAGUAAGUGUUCGAUAAGUGAUUUGCCUACAUGCUAUCAAGGGAGACAAGUUCUCUGCUGCACUGGGUAUUCUGGGAUAAGCUGAAUACUCCUGAGCAGGCAAGAACAGACACUAAAACAAUUG